UAAACAUAGCUGCUUUUGCUCCAAGGACAAGUCUACAGCUGGUGGACUGCUUUCCCUUUCCAAAAAUGUCUGCGAGUUUAAUUAAACUUCUGGAAUAAACCUGUUGGCAAGAGACAUCACCUUAUCAGCAGACUGACCGCUUGCCUUCCAAGUGACGAUGGGUAUUUUGGCGAUACUAAUCCUCCCACUGCUUGUGGUUGGAAUCAGUGGGAUUGUAUACAUUUAUCGGAUGGUUACUCAGCUGAUGUCGAAGUCUGCUAUGCGGAGCAAAGUUGUAAUAAUCAGUGAUGCUCUCUCUGGCUUGGGCAAGGAAUGUUCACGAGUAUUUCAUACAGGAGGAGCAAGGCUGAUUUUGUGUGGGAAACACCUGGACAAAUUAGAAGCUCUCUAUGAUGCUUUAAACAGUGUGGCUGAUCCUACUGCAACAUUUACACCGAAGCUUAUCCUUUUAGAUCUUGCUGAUGUAAACUGUAUCCAAGAUGUAGCUAAAGAAAUCCUGGAUUGUUACGGAUGCGUUGAUGUACUCAUUCACACUGCUAGCACAACAGCCAAGGGGACAGUUCAGAACAUGUCACUGGAACUUGACAAAAAGAUCAUGGAUGCCAACUACUUUGGACCUAUAACACUCACCAAAG